AUGUCACAAAGUAGCAACCCUCGCGCACGUAGCAAUCAGAUCGUAGCAUUUGCCGCUCUAGGUCUCGCGGCGAUCGGAGCACUGGCCAUAUUUAUUCUUCGCCAGACUACGUGGACAGACGAGGGCGAAGACGAGAGAAACAAUGAUAGAAGACGAGGCACCAGAGGUGUAGCGAGAAGAGAUCAAAUACCGAGGUUUUCAAACGUGGGUAGUGGGAAAAGACAUAUGUCGAUUUCGAUGAAAGAUACUAUACUCUGGAAUCCCUCUCGCGAUCCUCGAAAACCAAACUAUGCAUUUAUCGAAUCAGUUCUUCCAUUUCUUCACAAAAUCUCAAAUUAUUACACCAUUACAUUAAUCACACCUGUAAGCACACCCGAGGAACGUGUGGCCAUCAUCUCACUCCUCCGCCACGCCGGGUUGUUUGAAGGAGUGAUUGAUGAGCGAAGAGUACUAUUUUGUGAAACUGAAGUAGGCAAAGUACACAUAAUCAAACAUAUUGGCGCGAGUGUGCAUGUUGAAGACUCUGAUACUGCUUUAUUCAACAUGUUAUCUUUUUAUUGGAUCCUCUAUCUUGCCUCGGCCUUGAUCUGGACUACCGCCCAAGCUCGGCCACGAUCGUCUCAUAACAUUGUAAAGCGUGAGCACUUUGAAGAACGCUAUAUCAACACCUUGAACUAUAAGCUACACAACGAGACUGUCAAGUUGAUCGGUUACAAGAAAAUCAAGAUUCCAUUUGAGGAAAUUGACGCGUUCGAAGACCACUACUUCACGAACAAUGCCGGGCUGCAGGAAUUGGAUUUUCAUUUCUAUGACCCGGCUUCGAUGGAGCUCCGCAUCUACUUCCCGGUUGCUGGUGCGUUAAUCAAUCAUAAAGGAUCCAUGAUUGAAGCUAACGAACUUGGUGAAUUUGAAAUCAAUGACGUUGAUGGCGAUUACGUAGUGCUUGGUCGGAAGCAAACAGAUCACAUUCAUGGCGUCCACGGAAACAUUAUCAAAGAUGGCAUCAUCUACCUCGCAGACAAGGCCCAUCCAACACAUCAAAUCGGCAAAGUUUUUGUGUACGACUUUGGAUACAGGAGCCUUUACCACCAUCACGAUCAUUCCCGCUACAAGCGGAGCGACGGCAAAACGGGCUGUAUUGCAAACCAUGGAGGAGUGAAUUGCAGCAACAAGUUCAAUAUUCAUUCAAAUCGGUGUCCAGAGAAUCCAAAUACGUGCAUGGAUUAUAAUGGGUAUUUUACGGAUUGCAAGAAGGAGCAUAAUAAUAAGUACAAAUAUUUUCUCGGAAGUGAUUGCUCGAUUUCUCUUGCGCGGGGACACUGCUGGAAUGAGAUUAUGGACUAG